UAUUUAUCUCCAGUUUUUUCAAAAUGGAAUUAACGAGCGAUUUAAUUGCAAUUCAAAGUAUUCUUUCAAAACUUGUUAAAGAAACUGGUGAUUUUACACGGAUAAUUUACGGAGGAGAUAACGAGGAUGCACUUUCGAAAGUUCUAUCAGAAAUAGACACUUUUCUGAAGUCCAAAAAUUAUUUAAAAAAAUGCAAACCUAACGAAGUAUUUAACAAGCAACUAGAGGAGCUCGUGCUGUUUCUGGCAUUAAACACAAAGUUCAAAAACCCAUUAGAAAUGAACGAGUACGCUCAUUUAACGAACAUCACCCCACCUUUAUCGAAAUGUCUUUUUACUAAUAUUAUACACAGCUUUAACUUUUAUAAACUUAGCUGCUGCGUUAUCGAUAAAUUCCCAAUUCAAUUUAGCACGGAACUGUUAGAAGAAUUGCUGAAUUGCUUGAGAAAAUGUCCACUCGAUGAUCAACUCGAUAACAUCAGUAAUUUAUUGAAGGCAGUCGUUAAAAAAUUAGCUAUAACGAAUUAUAAAGGAAAUGAAGAUAUUGUAGAUAAUAUGUGUGAAGUUACAUACCUGUAUUUGUAUCAACUUUCCGGAGUAAACUCGGAUCAGUUGAGCAAUUUAAAUAGAGAUCAAAUUUACAUACACAUGGGAUACUGUCUUCGAUUUAUGUUCGAUUUAUUAUUGGACUGUAAUCGCACAAUAGACAGCUUAAGUGGGUUUAUUCGAAACGUGAUAAAUGCAAACCUUUCUAUUUCGAGGAAUAUUUCUCUUAAUGUUUUCUGUACAUGGGCAGAGAUUGAUAUUGAUGACCAAAGUCUGCAAAUGGUUAUAUGUAAUAAAGCGUACGACUUUAUAGAGACCUAUCAGAAAGUUCCUGAAGCUAAGGAGUUAAUAAACGUACUAGGUCCGAUUGCUACGAAGCCAAAAUCACUGUCUGAGCAAAUAUUCGAGGCCGAUAUCGGUACAAUGGUCAAAAAGAUUUACAAGAACGAUAAGGAUCAGAUUAGCUGGUUCAGAGCUCUGCUUCAGAGCCAAUUUUUGAACAACAAACAAGCACUGGAAUGCAUACAGACUUGGUCACAUUUAUGUGGUCAGAAGGAAGCUUCCAUUAUAUUAGAUUUGUGCGUAAAACAGAAAUCUAAAGAACUCGGGGAUAUAUUCAUAAAGAGCGCUUCGAAUUUACCUUUAAAAGGACUAAAAGAUGUAAUUACAGCGCACUUUUACAGACAUAAAUUUUCGGAUUUACCUUGCAGGAGCAUCGAUGAAACUUUAAUACAUAUAUUAAAUAAACUAAAAGAAGAUAAUCACAAUAAGGAUGAUUUAACUAAAGAUAUACUGUUGCUUUUUGUACAACAACCGGAAUUUGUGCUUGGUCAACUGUAUAAUGAGUGCUUGAAAAAUAGCUUUUAUUUAAAUUUUUUCAAAGGUAUUUUCGAUGCCAUCGAAGAAAUAGUCAAAAUAAACAGUAUGGGCGUCAAUGUUUUGCUUAAUCAAGUUAAAAUUAACAAACCAAACUGCAAUAACGUGAAUAACUAUAUCGAAUUGUUAAAGACACUCAAUGAAAUCGGUUUCUUCACCAAUGAUGAUGUAGUGUUAAAAUUUUUGUACCAAAUCCUCAAGGAUUCUUAUAGUAGCAAAAUGCUGGAAGAUGUGGAUUUUGUGCUUCAAAUAUACAUAGGAGUUGCCAUUACUAUUCCUCUAGUAGAAACCAACAUGGAGUUAGUGAAAUUACUAUUAAUUAUUAUGAAUGAAUUCAGAUGUAGUUUUCUCGAUUUUGACGGGGCUAAACAGCAAAUUGUCAGGCAUAUUGUAAGCAUUUGCUGCGAUAUUUGCGCGCCUACUUACACUCUCGAAUUGGAUCUCGAUAUGGAUGAAGAAAACGAAUUUACUCGAUUUUACAAGCAAUUAGUCACGUCUGGUCGAGACAAGUCGCUUUUCCACACCUUCUGCAACGAAUUUAGAAUAGAAAAUUACAGAGAUUGCGUUAGUGCUCUGUUGAAGAUGUUACCUUCUGCAGUUAGUAGGGAAUGGUCGGAUAUAACAAACGAUGUUAUCCAUUUAUACGGAAACGAUAAAUGCUGCGAAUUAAUAACGGAUGCUCUGAUACUAUUAGCACUACUAGCUGAAACUAGAAUCGAAAACGAAGAUAGCUCUGUGUUAUUCGCGAUGAGAUAUUGCGUUCAGAAUUACGGCGUGAUUAUGCAGCAAAAAAUCUUGAGUAACUCUACGUUAGAAACGGAAGUUUGCGCUAACAAGCACAUCACCAGGCUUCUGGUUAAGUUACCGGUGCAGGUUAAAGAAGAUGAAGGAAUGUCUUUGGUGAACAUUAUGACUGAUAGAUCUUUAAAAUCGUUGGCGACCGACAAAAAAUUCCUGAGCCAAUUAAUAUUGAUUAAAAACGCGAAAAUAUGCCAAGCGCUUCAUCAAAAAAUUGUGAGUUAAGAAUUUACUUUUGUAAUAAACAGU